CUCAUCUCGUCUUACAUGCCUGUCAUCUUCGUGUUGUACUCGUAGAUUGUAACCUAAUCUUGCUUAUAUGUACAAGUUAAUUUGAAAUCAUUACUAAGGCUAUUCAUUUGUAUCUUGAUACACUCCGUCUGUCCCGCCAUGACAGACGAUACAAAAACAAAUUCUUCCGCCCUCCACCGAAGAGAAGUAUUCUAUGUGGGCGGGCAAUAUGUACCCGAUGCCAAAGGCAACCGUACGCUCCAGGGGCAGAUGUACGUCGAGAGGCUCAUUCCCGAAGUAGACCAGAGUUUAAGGAAGCCCCUACCUAUCGUAUUCAUCCACGGCGCAACGAGAUCCGGCAUGGACUGGAUCACCAAGCCCGACGGGCAGCCGGGCUGGACCUCGUACUUCCUAUCGCAAGGCUUCGAAUGUUACCUCGUCGACCAGCCCUACCGGGGCCGGAGUCCGUGGUAUCCCGGGAACGGCACCAUGGUCGCGUACACGGCCGAAUCGAUCCAAGCCGUAUUCACCGCCUGCCAAACCUUCGGCACGUGGCCGCAGGCCAAGCAGCACACGCAGUGGCCCGGGCCCGGCACGAUAGGCGACCCGGUAUUCGACCAGUUCUACCGGUCGGCGCUGCAGAUCCUCAACGAUACCGUGGCGCAGGAGCGAGCGUCGCAGGCGGCGUGCGCCGCGCUGCUGGACCGCAUCGGCAGGCCCGCGGUCCUGGUCGGCCACUCGGCGGGCGGCUCGGUGCCGUGGCUAACGGCGGACGCGCGGCCGGGUUUGGUGCAGAUGAUUGUCGCGCUGGAGCCCGUGGGGCCGCCUUUCUCCAAGAUGGGCAUCAUGCCCGGGCCCGGCGCGCAGUACGGCGUCACGACCGCGCCUAUCACGUACGACCCGCCGGUGACGGACCCCGCGACCGACUUCGCCAAAGUGGAAGUGAAGGCGCCCGGGCCCGAUCUGACGAGUUGCACGCUCCAGGCCGAAGAGCCGCCGCCGAGGCAGCUGGUCAAUCUGAGGGACGUGAGGGUGCUGGUGGUCACGGCGCCGGCUUCGUACCACGUGCAGUACGAUUGGGGCACCGUUCAGUACCUGCGGCAGGCUGGCGUGAAGAACUUGGAGUAUAUGAGGCUGGAUGAGAAAGGUAUACACGGCAAUGGGCAUAUGAUGAUGAUGGAGAAGAACAGUGAUGAGAUAGCUGCGGAGAUAGUGAGGUGGAUUAAUGGAGCGACCGGGUGAAAGGGGUUGAGACCCGAAAUCUUAAAGUACUGCUAUUCUCAUACUUUAUUAGUAAAUAACUAGAUAAUAACUACCGUUGACGCAUGUUGCCUGCGGGAGACGUCGAUUAAGGGUUUUUUUCGCUAGCGGGGGAACGGCUGCCAGCAUAUAAAAUACAUGUUUCAGCUAGAAAAUAGCGUUUGCAUGCUCUCGGAUAUGUAAGGUAGGUGAGAACACGCGCGGGUUACCACUGGUACGUAGCUCGGCCUUGAGGACCUUACCAAGUGCUUAGGUAGGAGUAGGUCGGAGUAGGUAGGGUAAGCUGAGCUUGGUUGUCCGACAAGUCUUAUGUGCUAACAGCAAGACUCGGCCCUAGAGUAAGGG